GCGCCGUUCUCUACUCUCGUGCGCUCCUCGUCGCCGUCGACGCGCGUCGCGGCGCUCGAGAGCGUUCCCUCACGGAACACCUCUAUCUGACCGUUCGCGGCGAUCCUCCGCUACACCGCUCCGGUGUACCGUUCUGUUCCGGUGUACGCUCCUCCGGUACGUCCGUAUCGGGCCUCGAAGCACCGACCGUCGACGGAAUCGACGAGAGUAAGAGAGACGGAGAGCGUGCGCGCGCGCCUGUCUCGUUAACGACACGUCGCGCCCGCUGUUCACGCGUGCACGUCGCGACGCCUCGCGACUGCUCCACGGAGGACGUCCUCAGGGAUAGCCCGCGGUGGAGCGCGUAAGGUUAUAAUCCUGCCCUGUUGUUGUCGUCGUCGACAUCGUCGCCGUGGGUAGUGGUGGUACUAGUGCCGGUGCUGGUGAUUGCCGUCGUCGUCGUUGCGGUAGCGUCCAGAAUUGUUGUUGUCGGACGCAGCUUGCACAGGGGGGAACCGUCCAAUAGAAACUCAUCCACAGACGUCCCAGAGGCAGCCGGCUUCGCGCGAAAACUGAAGGGUCUGGGGCGCGCGAAGGCGAGAAGAAAUGAGGUGGACGUGACACAAUGACAUGAUGAAGAGCCUGGUGGGGAUCAUGUGGAUAGUGUUGGUGCUCAUAUCAGGAUGCUCAGGAAAUCCAGACGCGAAGCGAUUAUACGACGACCUCUUGUCGAACUACAACAAGCUGGUUCGUCCAGUGGUCAACGUCACAGACGCCCUCACCGUUAAAAUAAAGCUCAAGCUUUCGCAGCUCAUCGACGUGAAUUUGAAGAAUCAGAUCAUGACGACGAACCUCUGGGUCGAACAGUCGUGGUACGAUUACAAGUUGAAAUGGGAUCCAAAGGAGUACGGUGGGGUGGAGAUGCUGCACGUGCCAUCGGAUCACAUAUGGAGGCCCGAUAUAGUUUUAUACAACAACGCCGACGGCAAUUUCGAGGUGACGCUGGCGACGAAGGCGACUUUGAACUACACGGGUAGGGUCGAGUGGAAGCCGCCGGCGAUUUACAAGUCUUCCUGCGAGAUCGACGUCGAAUAUUUUCCUUUCGACGAGCAGACGUGCGUGAUGAAGUUCGGCUCGUGGACUUACGACGGCUUCCAGGUCGAUCUUAGACACAUCGACGAGGUCCGAGGCAGCAAUGUCGUCGACAUCGGCGUCGAUCUGUCGGAGUUUUAUACUUCCGUCGAGUGGGACAUACUAGAAGUCCCUGCUGUAAGAAACGAAAAGUUUUACACGUGUUGUGACGAGCCUUACCUCGACAUCACCUUCAACAUCACCAUGAGACGGAAGACUCUGUUCUACACCGUCAACCUCAUAAUACCGUGUAUGGGAAUAUCCUUCCUCACGGUGUUGGUAUUUUACCUGCCAAGCGACAGUGGCGAAAAGGUCAGCCUAUCCAUUUCGAUUUUAUUGUCGCUGACUGUGUUCUUCCUCUUGCUGGCCGAGAUCAUCCCGCCCACGUCACUCGUGGUACCGCUCCUCGGUAAAUUCGUCCUCUUCACCAUGAUCCUCGACACCUUCAGUAUAUGCGUAACAGUGGUGGUCCUCAACGUUCACUUCCGUUCGCCGCAGACCCACGUGAUGGCACCGUGGGUCCGACGCGUGUUCAUCCACGUUCUGCCGAGACUGCUGGUAAUGCGCAGGUAUAAUACGCCAUCGCAGAGAACCGAUUACGAUUCCAGGCCGCAGUACCAGUUAGACAGGCGUAGCAUGGCCGGGCAUCAUGGGCAUCGCGUGAUGGUCCGAACAUGCAACGGCCUCGAAUUGCGAGACCCAUCACUGUUCGUCGAGACGUCGGCCUCGGAGCUGGUCGAGUCCUCCGUACUUUUUCCUAGUGUCGAUUCACGGGACGAGCUGCAACCUCGGGAGUUGGGAGCGGUAAAUCUGGGGAGCACGUGCCAGAUCCACGGUUCGCCCGCGGCGACGGCUACCGCGCCGCCGCCGCAGCUCCCGACAGAGGAGAGCGUUGACGCUCUCUGCAACACGCUUCAUCAUUGGCAUCACUGCCCAGAACUGUACAAGGCCAUCGAAGGCAUCCGCUUCAUUGCCGAUCAUACGAAGAGGGAAGAGGAUUCUACUAGAGUCAAAGAGGACUGGAAAUACGUCGCGAUGGUGCUCGACAGACUAUUCCUCUGGAUCUUCACACUAGCCGUGGUCGUCGGCACGGCUGGGAUUAUACUGCAAGCGCCGACCCUGUACGACGAUCGCAUCCCCAUCGACGUACGGCUCUCCGAGAUCGCCUCCACCACUGCCAAGCCACACAUCGUCACGAGCCUCUGAGGGACAAUUACUAAUUACGUUAUUGCCGCGCGCGCGCGUAAACACAUUAACGACACAUACGAACACGCGACCUACACGCCGACAUAAGCGACAAGCGAUUACGUACUAACGUCCGAAAGACUGAAGCCUCGCUGAGUCUUCGACCUUUGCGCGAAUGUGGGAGCCGUGCGUGCGCGGCUCGCACGGCCGCUGCCGAACGGAGAAUUCUUAUUGUUGAGACAAUACCGCCACGAUAUCACCGCUGCGCGAUGCAGCGGAACGUCACACCGCUAAUCGAUCCUCGCUGGGAGAAGGACCGGCGGCGAAUCGAUCGUAGAGAAUGCAUAAGGGAGGGCCUUUGAAACCUUUGUGAGGCCGGUAUCUGUAUUUUAUUUUCGCGAUAUAUAUUUCCUCCGGUAUCUUUGAUUAAAUCUUCUUCUUCCUUCGGCUGAUCUUCAGAGAGUGAGGGGGAGAGAGAGAGAGAGCUCAAGCCGUCUCCCUCGACGCGCUAUUCGACGGAAAUUUCACAAAGUUAUUUCUCCGCUACUUGAAUUUUUACAAACUUCCCUCCGGGGAGAGGAGGUCCUGCAUCCUGAUAUUAAAAUCAGCUUGAUCGCGAUUUAUUUGGCGCAAUCGCGAUUUGGCUUUGAGAGCGUCGUUGAAUUCCUUUCCGAUCGCGUUGUUGUUCAUAAAAAGAAGUGCGUGCUCUCGCAAAGAAAUGUUAAAUUAAUUAGGAUCUAAGGAGCGGGCAGGUGAGAAAGGGAGAGGAGAAAGCGUGACCACAUCACGGACCACAAUCAUAUUCGUGCGUUGGCUUUUGUCGUCUUGCUAAGAAUUCUCGAACUACAGCGGGAGAUGAGCUUUCCGCGCAAACGUAUAGGAGGAAGUAAAAAGGAAGGAGUAUCACGAUGAAAAAAAAAAUUAAUACGUUUCAACCACUUGCACGUUGAUCGCGUUUGAUUCCGUGUAGCACGUGAAAGGAGUAAGAAGAAGUAAGAAGAAGUUCAUAACGUAUAGGUAAUACAAUAAUCCGAUGAGCGCAAGAUGGAUCUUCUUAUUUCUCGAAUUAAAUAGGAGAGGAAUUAGAAAUUACGCACGUAGACGGAUAUGGGAUUUUUUCGCGUUUUGUGUGUAGGUUCUAUUUUUUUUUUAAUAUAUAUUCGAGACAUAUUAAUAAAUUGCGAUAAAAUUUGUUAUACGUUGCUCAUGUUAUACGGUAUGUUUUAAAAUUAUAGAGACUUGACUGGCUGGUAGAUAUCACAGAGAAACGACACACACACACCCACACACACACACACAUAUGUAUAUGUAUAUUUAAAAAAUUAGACCAAUUUCCAAAAAUAUCAGAGAGGAAAAGCUAACACCUUACAAUAUUAUACAAGACAGACUGACUUUCGCUUCAAUCCGAAGACAAUCGAUAUUCUCUAUCAAGAUAAUCUAACGUUACUGAAUCUUAUUUCGAAGAAAAACAACUACACGUCUAUCGCAGACGUGACGUCUCAAUUUUCCAACGAGUACUCUUCAGUCGUCUGCAAUGCGGCCGUCGUAGAGUCGUAAACAGGAUCCGCUUGAAGCUGCGAACACUUUACGAACGCUUGAAGAAAGAAUACGAUUGGUCUAUGAGGCGCUUCGAAGCAUUUGCAGCGUGAAGCGAGUUCUACCGUACGAUUCUCCUGCGAGCGUAUUGUCGACGACGCCUUCCAAGUCUCUACGACUCCAAGAAGCGAAAACAUCGACUAUCGUAUCGACCGCUGCGUUCUCGAUCGGCUCGGCGCUGCGGUAACGCCGGUGUCAAUGACGCUCCGCCGACGCGUCAAUUACGCUUCGCGAAAACGCGAACACGUCCCCACGUUCCGUCACACACGCAUUCCAUCACGUACGUGUUACGUAAGAAUGGAAUUCGGCCUUGCCCCCACUCCCGAGCCAUGUCAGCUGGCCGCUCGACCACGUGGUCGUUCAUUCCGCUGCGGCGCGGCCAGUACCUCGCGCGCAUGCGCGCGUUUAAAGUGCGGUGUUCAUUCAGCGGCCGGCAUUUUUUCCCGAGGGUCGUAAUUCGCGAACAAAUCGAACGUAGAAACGUAAAGCAGCUUCCUCGGCGAACGUCCGCGCUGUUCUUUUAAGGUACGUACAUGCGCACCUUUACGCGAGAGAUAACUGCGAGCACACGUCCUGAUAGAUUUAAGUCCGAAAACUGCCCCCCCCCACCCCCCUCGCGCAUGCGACACCCAUCCUCUCUCGUUCGCGCGAAGAACGUGUUUAUCUCUGGCCGAUUUUAUCAGCCGGUCAAGUCUUCGUCUGUAAUCCCGAAUAAGCAUCCUUCGUACUUCGAGUGUUAAUCCACUUAAUAGUUUCGGAAAUUGGAAUUGUUCGGGUUAAGUGGUAUCUCGUUAUAUUUAUCGCGCGUGUUGAAUACACGACGGACUCGGCACCACACCGGCGAUCGUGCGAUUAGAUUCGAGCAAUAAGAAGAGCUCGCUUAUCAUCACCGGGUUUCAGAUGCGGCCUGUUUCGCGACUAGGGAAAAUAUAAUGAAGUUUAAUAAAGGAAAUGAAUAUAUAGUAAGUAAUGGGAGGACGAAACACGUAUAUACUAUAGAAUUAAUUCAGAAAGAUCUUAACAGUGCGAUUUCGUGCCAGUUGCAUUCCGUAGCUCUCCCCCUGGCAGAUUAAUUAGACGAUAAUGUUUAUUAACAACGUUACCUUAUCCCCGUCUGCAUGUCAAGGAACAUAAA